GAGAAAAAAGAAAAAAAAAAUGAAGUUUCGAGGUUUAAUCUUCAUCGCCGCUGUUCUUGUUUGUUCAGUUUUUGCAGAAGAGAAGUUUCCGAAUGAGGUUUUUGAAGUUUCUCAUACUGAAAUAAAAGGUGGUGAACCAAAGCAUACCAACACUUAUAUUGGUGGAGGGUACGGAGGGUUUGGCGGUGGUGUUGGAACCGGCGGCGGCAAAGGUGGUGGAUCCGGCGGCGGGACUGGCGGUGGAUCCGGUGGCGGAACUAGUGAUGGAUCCGGUGGCGGCGUGACUGGCGGCGGUGGAUCCUGCGGGAGUGGUGGUGGAUCCGGUAGCGGGACUGGUGGCGGAACCGGUAGCGGCAGCGGUAGUGGAUCCUGUGGCGGCGGUACUGGUGGUGGAUCCGGCGGCGGGAGUGGUGGUGGAACCGGCGGCGGGACUGGAGGUGGAUCUGGUGCUGGAGGAUCCGGUGGCGGCGGCGGCGGCGGUGGAUCCGGAUCGCCGGGAGGUUAUUCGGCGGGGUACAGCCACGGCGGUGUGUACGGAGGAGGGAAAAUAUGUAAAUGGGGAUGCUGCAGUGAAUCGUAUGGGUACAGUCAUAAAGGCGGUGGUUACUACGGUUGCACUUGCUGCUACACUGCUGCACAAGCCGAAGCCUACAAACAAACUCAAGCCAAAUUAGCUGCUCAAAAUAAUAAUUAA